AUGGUGUUUACUGCUGUGGUGCUAGGCGGGGUCACACGGUUGACUGAAUCGGGAUUAUCUAUGGUCACAUGGAAGCUCCUCGGUGAGAAAAUGCCAACCAGUGAAGAGGAGUGGCAGCAAGAGUUUGAGAAGUAUCAACAGUAUCCCGAGUAUAAAUACAAGAACCAGCACAUAACCCUGUCGGAGUUCAAGUGGAUCUGGUGGAUGGAGUUCGCGCACCGCACGUGGGGCCGCGCUAUAGGCGCCGCAGUGUUUCUGCCAGCUGCCUUCUUCUGGGCGAGAGGAUAUCUGGACCGCGGCAUGAAGAUCCGAGUCGCUGCUUACUGCGCCCUCGUAGCCGCACAGGGCUUGAUGGGCUGGUAUAUGGUGAAAUCAGGCUUAGAGGACCGGUUCCAAGGCCCAUCGGAUGUACCUAGGGUAUCUCAGUACAGAUUAGCAGCGCAUUUAAGUCUGGCUUUCAUUCUGUACUCCGGUUUGGUAGCCGGAGCUUUGCGGAUACUUCGUCCCUUGCCAGUAGCCGCCACUUUACAGAAAAUCAAGGCGUUAAAGGGCGUUACAGCGCUUGCUCACACUGUGAAAGCGAUGGCCUUUUUAACGGCUGUUUCAGGCGCCUUCGUAGCGGGGCUGGACGCCGGUCUGGUGUACAACUCGUUCCCCAAGAUGGGUGAGCGGUGGAUCCCGGACGAUAUCCUGGCAUUCAACCCCAUUGCACGCAACUUCACGGAGAACCCCACCACGGUGCAAUUCGACCACCGGGUGCUGGGAACCUGCACCCUGGCAGCUGCGAGUGCUCUGUGGCUGGUGGCUCGUCGCCGUCCGUUGGCACCGGCUGCCAGGCGUGUUGCCAACGCUGUAGCUGCUAUGGCCUGGCUUCAGGUGGGCCUGGGCAUAUCGACGCUACUAACCUACGUGCCCACACCGCUGGCUGCCAGCCACCAGUCCGGCUCCCUCGUACUCCUGACCCUCGCCAUCUGGCUCACGCACGAGAUCAAACUGCUCAAGUACAUACCCAAAUAA